AUGGACCCUCUCUGGCAGUACCAGUUCCACAUCCUCCUCCUAGGAGACUCAAAUGUGGACAAACCAUCCUUGUUGAGAAACUACGUGGAGGGCAUCUUUGUCGAGGGUGUCGCCCAGGCAGUGGCGGUGGACUUCUCCGUGCCCUUCAUGGAGGCAGAGCCUGGGGGUCCAGCUGGCCAGGAAAGGUCACCACCCACCCCUCAGGGGGAGAGCCCACCCAUCAGGAAGAGAAGCGGCCUUGGUGGCCGUGACAAAGAUGAACUCUGGACCAAGAGCACAGGAACUUGGCAGGAGGCCUUUUGCGGCUUGGUAAUCACCAACAGAACAUCCUUUGAGAGCGUCCCCCAGCGGCAUCGGGAGGUUCUGGAGAAAGCAAAACCCUCCAACAUCCUCUUCCUGGUGGUAGGCCACAAGAGUGACCUGGUGGUUGAGGGAGAGGUGAUGCCGGGGGGAGGGGAGAAGCUGGCUGCCUCCUGGGGCGCUCACUACGUUGAGACCUCAGCCGAAAGCAACAGUGACAUCAGCACAGCUUUCAAGCUGCUCACUCAAGAGAUCUAA